UUGUGUGGAGACGGAUAAGUGAAAAGUGACGGAAAGCAAAACAUGAUGUCACUGUCGGUACGGGCAGCCGCAGAGGCUUCUGGGAGGCUGCCGUGUCGGAGACAUUUUGGAUUUAAAGGGGCUGAGCUAGCCGUCAGUCCCAGCUCUCGGUUUUCCUGAGCUACAAAGAUGUCCACCAUGGUGUAUCCACGGGAAGAGAAGCUGGAGAAACUUUCUCAGGAGGAGAUAAUCUCCAACACAAAGCUAGUGAUCCAGGGUCUCGAGGCCCUGAAGAACGAGCAUAACUCCAUCCUUCACAGCCUCCUGGAGACCAUCAAGUGCCUAAAGAAGGAUGAAGAGGCCAACCUGGUGCACGAGAAGUCCAAUCUUCUCCGCAAGUCAGUGGAGAUGAUUGAACUGGGCUUGGGAGAAGCACAGGUGAUGAUGGCGCUGUCCAACCACUUGAACGCCGUGGAGUCCGAAAAGCAGAAGCUGCGUGCGCAGGUGAGGAGGCUUUGCCAGGAGAACCAGUGGCUGAGGGAUGAGCUGGCCAACACCCAGCAGAAGCUCCAAAAGAGUGAGCAGAGCGUGGCCCAGCUGGAAGAGGAGAAGAAGCACCUGGAGUUCAUGAACCAGCUCAAAAAAUAUGAUGAAGACGUCUCACCCACUCAGGAGGAGAAAGACCGCGAAACACCAAAGGAGUCGCUGGAUGACCUCUUCCCCAACGAUGAGGAGGAGCACGGCCAAGGAAUGCAGCACCAACAUAACAGUGCAGCCGUGGCCGCAGCCCAGCAGGGAGGCUAUGAGAUCCCAGCUCGUCUGAGAACCCUGCACAACCUGGUGAUCCAGUAUGCCUCUCAGGGCAGGUACGAGGUGGCCGUGCCCCUGUGCAAGCAAGCUUUGGAGGACCUGGAGAAGACCUCUGGGCACGACCACCCUGAUGUGGCCACCAUGCUCAAUAUCUUGGCCUUGGUCUAUAGGGACCAGAAUAAAUACAAAGAGGCAGCCCAUCUGCUCAACGAUGCUCUAUCCAUCCGUGAGAAAACCCUGGGCAAGGACCAUCCCGCUGUCGCUGCAACCCUGAAUAACUUGGCUGUGCUGUAUGGAAAGAGAGGGAAGUACAAGGAAGCUGAGCCUCUGUGUAAGAGAGCUCUGGAGAUCAGAGAAAAGGUCCUGGGGAAGGAACACCCAGAUGUGGCCAAACAGCUGAACAACCUGGCCCUGUUGUGUCAGAACCAGGGCAAAUACGAGGAGGUGGAAUAUUACUACAGUCGUGCCCUGGAGAUCUACGAGUGCAGGCUGGGGCCAGAUGAUCCAAAUGUGGCCAAAACCAAGAACAACCUGGCAUCCUGCUAUCUCAAACAGGGGAAAUACAAGGAGGCUGAGGUUCUGUACAAAGAGAUCCUGACUCGUGCUCAUGAGAAAGAAUUUGGAUCUGUUGAUGCUGAGAACAAGCCCAUCUGGAUGCACGCAGAGGAAAGAGAGGAGAUGAGCAAGGGCAAGCACAGAGACAAUACUCCCUACGGAGAGUAUGGAGGCUGGUACAAGGCCUGUAAAGUCAAUAGCCCUACAGUGAACACCACUUUGAGAAAUCUGGGGGCUCUGUACCGCCGUCAGGGCAAGCUAGAAGCUGCUGAGACCCUGGAAGAGUGCGCUGUGAGGUCUCGCAAGCAGAGCAACACAGGCAUUGACCCCAUCCACCAGACACGUGUGGUGGAGAUCCUGAAAGAUACAGAAGGUGACAAGAGGAGGAGCAGGGACAGUCUGACCAGCGUUAAGUAUGAGAGCGGCUCUGAGACCGGCGAGGAAGUGAGUAUGGGCGUGGAGUGGAACGGGGCCUAAGCCAUCAAGACUAUUCCUCCAUCCUUCUCUCCUUCCCCAACACAAUAGCAAAAGGAUGUGUUGUCAUUCCCUCUGGCCUUCUCUGUCCAACAGCUCCUCUGCCAUUCCUGAUGCCUCCCCCCCCCCUCCUGCGGCAGAGACUCAGAAAGCUCCCUCCUGGUUGUCACUUCUGUCCUCAGUUCAACUGACUGCUGCUGGGACGUUUGGUCUUCUCACGUCUGCUCUGCUCUUUCUCUCUCUCUCUCUCUCUCUCUCUCUGUCCUUUCCUCUCACUAACCUGUGUCACUCCUCCCCAUGUCGGAACUUCAACUCUUUCUCUCACUUUAAAAAACAAAAAACAAUCUGUGUGUGUGUGUGUGUGUGUGUGUGUGUGUGUGUGUGUGUGUGUAAUCUUUCCAUGUGAGGAGGUGACUUGCAAUCUUUCCUCUAUUAACACCCAUGCGUAUUUAUCAUAGGGUCACAGCAGGUUUAUUUGGCUACUAAGAGAAGCAGCCGUUUAUUGGAAGAGGGCAGAACAGCAGAGUAGCUCCAAACAUCACUCCAGCACAUGGUCAGAGAAAACGUUACAAUCACUGUAGAAUUAAUGUUACAAAUAAUUAAUUUCCACGGUUACGCUGCAUUGUUCUCACUCCAAAUUUGUUUGUUGCCUUGAGCACAACAAGUGAAAGCUGUUGUCAAGCUAGCAUCCAACCUGGUGCCUGUAUUUAGCCAUAAUAGUAUCUUUUUUUUUUGUUUUUUUUGCCACUGUGUUUUUCACAGUUUUAACUAACGCCUUCGAUCAAAUGCUUAACAAGUUUUAAAACGAAUGGUACUGUAUAGCUUGACCAGUUAUCCACAGUUCAGCUCAGUUGGUCAGAAGAGAAAAGGGAGUGUUGCCAAUUUUUUUUUGUGUGUUUAUAGAUAAGUUUGCUAUUCAUUUUUUUUUGUUUGUUUUUAUUUUGUAUGAUAUUGUUUACAUUUUCUAAAUACUUUUUAAUUAUGUGGCUCAAUAUAAAGGCAGUAGUAUGUCAACAGUGCCAUUGUGUUGCCUGAAGGACCGGAACAUGAGAGGGGUCAAAAAUCUGAUUGCAGAUCAGUCAGAUCGCAGCAAACUGUUGUUGCCAUGCUCAUUUAUUUUUAACUUCCUCUUACAAGCUUCAGUGUAAUUGGUCUAAGCUUUUUGCAAAGGCUCUACAGUCGCUUGCAUUUACAAAGGGAAUUUGGCAACAUUGGCUGAUGCUGUAAAGCCCGUAUGAUAGCAAAGACCUACUAGCACAAACGCUGACCACCUGAGUGAUCUCUACAUAGUAACAGAGUUUAAAAAAAAAAAAAAAAUGGGUGUAAAUGCUCAGAAUUGCCUUUGAUCAGUUGGUGUAGGAGUAGAAGCUAGCAUUGUAAAUCAACAGAAAUCUGGGUCCCACAGUAGUCGUAGUGUGUAUUUGUAUGUUUCGGUGGUACAGUCGCAGUGCCCACUCUGGCUGUGGAUACUGUAUUUUGAACACAGAGCUUAAUGGAACUUUUUUCUUACACAGUUGUUUGCAAGUAAACAGUCGGUGAAUCAUGUUUUUAGACACCAAAAGUACAGUGCGAGUGUUUCCUCGAGCUCGACUUGUUAUUUCAGAUGUUUAACUAACUGAAUGUAAAUGAUUUAACAUCUUGGAAGUGUAAUAGUAGGCUGUAUCUGUAGAGUUGACAAAUGCAUUCAUUAUAUGGCUUUUCAUUAUGCUACUCGCCUUGAUUCUUCAUUCCUUCCGAUGUGAACACCUGUACUUCUAAUGCAACUCUGAACAACAACAACAACAAAAAAAAAGUUGUGUCCAUCACAUAAUUAUGGCAAUAUUGUUGUGUUAGUGGAAUGCUUAUUUAUUGAACUGUCUAUUCUCGCCAUAUGUAGUGUGACUUCAGUUUCCUAAAGAACAUAAAUGGUAAAGUCUAUAACGCACUAUCUUAGUAAGUAGGACUGCAUUAUAUUUACAUUCUGCAUUGUGAAGAUUAUUGCAUCAACACUUGUUGGUAUUCUGAAAUAAAGUUUUUCAUUUGUGAAGUC